AUGCGGUUUUUCACGUUCAAUCUGGCGUUGAUACUCGACUCGGCUUAUUCGAAGUCCUCGAAUUCGGAGCUCGCUGAGAUCCUACAUCGACCGAUCAGGGCUCUGACGUUUCCAGAGACAAGCGCUACUGGGCUGUUCAUCGCACUGGCUGUGCCACUGGAAGAUCCGUACAAAUCAAUCUCCAUGGCGAUGUUUUUCGAGGGAACGUACGGUUUGCCGACAAACGCGAGCGACGAUUUCCUCUUUGCGGAAAUCAACGCUGCAAGAAGGACGAGGAGGAGCCUGGACAGAGCGAUCGUUUAUGAGGUUCUGGAGAAGAAGUUUAUCAGCUACGGGUAUCAGGGUCACGAGUGUCUGCUGAGGGCAAUUUGCGAAACUUCGGAGCAUCGCCUGACACACAACGGGCUCAUCGGUGACAUUCUGCAUGUGAUCUUCACACCGACAAGCUCGCGACACGAGGAACUGCCGGAGGACAUUCUUCAAGCUGAAGUGGUCGGACGUAAUGGAAGCUGCUCGAAGUACCAACCGCAGUGCCCCGUGGGACUCUUCGACUUGAUUGGAGUCCUCGGCUGA